UCUCUCUCUCUCUCUCUCUCUCUCUCUCUCUCUCUCUGCUGAGUUACUACAGACACACAACCGGAAGGCACGAAAAGUCAACUCUAGAGAGCAGCAUGAAUCGCUUUAAGACCUCCAAAUUCAAAAACACCACUCCGAAAAUUGCCAAGAAAGAUGGAUGGAUCAACAACGUCCGAGCUGGUUCCUUCUCCUGCCAGGGGAACCACAUCAAAGCGAGCUCCAAGCUUGUGGCCUUCAACACCGAGCAGGCUGGUGGCGGUAUGCUGGGCCUGACCUCAGUCAAACCUGGUUCAGAUGGCCAAUGGACAGUCACGCAGAUUUCCUGCCAUUCUGAUCUGGUGACUGAUAUGGACUUUUCUCCUUUUGAUGAAAGUCUCCUGGCAACAUGCUCUGCAGAUGAAACGGUGAAGCUGUGGCGUUUGUGCGAUCCAGAGCUGCAGCAGCCCAGCAGUCCCGAGCUGACCCUGCGUCCAAGCCGGGGCAGGGUGGAGCUGGUGCUUUUCCACCCCACCUCCUCCGGCGUGCUGGCUGUGGGCGCCACCAAGUCCCCCCUGAUCUGGGACACCAGCCGCCAGGAUACACCGCUAGCAGUUCUGGAGCAGCACGGUGACCAGCUGCAGAGUCUGAGCUGGAAACAGGACGGCUCCCUGCUGGCUUCCUCCUGCAAGGACAAGAUGCUGCGAGUGUUUGACCCCAGAGCCCAGCUGACACCUGUUCAGAGCGCCAAGAGUCUUCAGAACAACAAGGAUUCACGCAUCCUGUGGGCCAAAGAAGACUUUUUAAUCACCACCGGCUUUGAUAUGAUGCGUAGCCGGGAGGUGAGGCUUUGGGACAGCAGGAAGCUGAGCUCUUCGGUCAGAUCGGCGACGCUCGGCUCUUCCAGCGGGACGGCGAUCCCUCUGUUUGAUGAGGACACUAGUCUGCUCAUACUGGCUGGCAUGGGGGACACCGUGGUUGAUUGCUUUGAAGUGUCUACGUCUGAGCCUUUCCUCUCUCAAGUGAGCCACUGUCUGACGGACACCUCAACACGAGGAGUUGCCAUGGUACCCAAGCUGGCGUUGGAUGUUAUGUCCUGCGAAGUGAUGAGUGUGCUUCAGCUGACCGACACCUGCAUCGUGCCAAUCAGCUAUCAAGUCCCUCGCAAGCGUUCAAACUUCCAGGAGUUUCAUGAAGAUCUGUUCCCAGAUACGGUGGGCUCAACUCCAGCCAUGUCUGCUGAGGAGUGGUGGGAGGGAGGGAACAAGCAGGUGGAGAAAGUCAACCUCAACCCAGACAAACAUCCCAAACCAAAGGCUCUACCAGUAAAGAAGGAGCUGCCCAGUGGGGGGAGCAAGGAGGACCCGGCACGUGGCUGCUCCACCUCCAGUAGUCCUCUGAGCACUCCCAGCAGCAGCGCUGCCCCGUCCCGCUCUCCCUCCUCCACCUCCGGCCUCUCCUCAGGCUUCCUCCCCAGCCCCAGCCAGAGCGUCAAGGCCAUCCAGAACCUGAUGGGGCCGACCUCCAAGUUCCGUCACAUCCAGGGUGCAGUGAUGCACCGGGACACACACUUCACCAACCUGCGUGGCAUCAACCUGACGACUCCAGGCGAGUCUGACGGCUUCUGUGUCAACCGCCAACGCAUGGCAGUGCCCCUCGCCAUCUCCGGGGGCCAGGUCGCCGUUUUUGAGCGCUCUCAGCCUGGCAGGCUACCAGACACCGCCCUGUUCACCAUCCAAAACUCUGUCAAUGUGAUCGACCUCUGUUGGGACCCCUUUAACACGCAGCGGCUUGCUGUGGCUGGUGAUGAUGCAAAGAUCCGGGUGUGGCAGGUACCAGAGGGAGGGCUGACAGAGACCCUGACUGAGCCUGAGGUCAUCUUGCAAGGCCACACGGAGAAGAUUUACUCCAUCAAGUUCCACCCUCUGGCCAGCGGGAUCCUGGUGUCUUCAUCCUACGAUCUCACGGUCAGAAUGUACAACGUGGAGAGCGGAGAGCAGGUCAAAGUCCUCACCGGACACCAGGACCAGAUCUUUGGCAUGGCGUGGAGCCCAGAUGGAAAGCUCCUGGCCACAGUGUGCAAAGACGGGAAAGUUCGCAUCUAUGACCCCCGCAAGUCCGAUGCACCUGUGCAGGAGGGCCCAGGUCCUGAGGGCCACAGGGGAGCUCGUGCGGUGUGGGUCUGUGAGGGAAAGUACCUGUUGGUGUCAGGAUUUGACAGUCACAGUGAGAGAAUACUCUACCUGUACUCUGCCGACUCCCUGUCCUCCGGAGCCAUAGCCAGCACCACCAUAGACAUCUCCCCGUCUACACUCAUCCCUUUCUACGACCCCGACACCAGUGUGCUCAUUCUCACUGCAAAAGGUGACACCAGAGUGCACAUUUACGAGAUAGUCCCUGAAGAUCCCUACUUUAUGGCGUGCAGCAGUUUCAACUCUCCCGAGCCACACAAGGGCUUGGCCUUCCUGCCCAAGUCAGAGUGCAACGUGCGUGAUGUGGAGGUCGCUGUGGGACUGUUGCUCAACAAGACAACCAUAGAGCCGGUGGCCUUCAGAGUGCCGCGGGUCAAGAAAGAGUUUUUCCAGGACGACGUGUACACCGACACCGCAGUCUGUUGGGAAGCGGCGCUGACUGCCUCUGCCUGGCUGUCUGGCUCCAACGGACAACACAAGAAGAUCAGCCUGAAGCCAAAAGAUAUGACGCCAGUGAGUGAGGCCCCCAAAGAGGCUCCCGUUAGGAAAUACGUGCCCUCAUCUGUUUACCUGGAGGCCAAGACUGAUGAACAGAAGAAAGAGGAGCUGCUCAGCGCCAUGGUGGCUAAGCUGGGGAACAUGGACGACCCGCUGCCACAGGAGUCCUUCGAGGGGGUCGACGAGGACGAGUGGGAUGACUAGAGGAGGACCCCAUCUUGCCUUUCACGGUGCCAACAGCAGAGAGAAGAGAACAGAUCACCUGUCAAGCUACGCUGCCAUCUUUGUGUGUGCGAUGGUGCCACCCACACGUCCUCCGAGCUUAAUCAGCCAACAUCUCAGCCUAUACUGCACGCACAAAAGAAUACUCUACAAUGUGAAAGUAUAAAUGAUGACAACAAUAACUAUAACGCCCUUCUGAUAUCCGUAUGUAUCACAAUAUCUGUAAAGGUUUGGAAGAUCAAAUGUCAUGUUGUCUAGUUUGGUGUUCAUCAUAUCCGACUGCAUGAAAUUUGAUAUGAAAAUCAUUUUCAGCUUAAAUAUUUAAUCCUGGGAUCAAAUCUGACAUAGUAUGUUAUGUUGACGUAGACUACAAAAUGAUGUCACACUAUUCAUGAUAUUUUGAUGAAUGAAAUCUCACCAUACAGGAUAAUACAACCGUAAAUAUAGUCUAUUGAAAUCAUACAUCAGGACACCUCAAACAUAUUUCUCGUCUGUGCAAAAGGUGAAUUAAACGGAAGGCAAUCACAGCAAUAAUACUUCUGCUUCAUGUUAAAGUAUUUUAGCACAGCUUCUCUUUUUGUGGGACCGUGGUUUAAGCAUGAUAACCCACUCUGAGGUGUCCUGAUAUAUAAAAUAAUGGCUUCCUGUUGUGCCCAGUCUGUUAUUUUUUCUGAUAUUAAGAUACCAGGUUGUUAUCUGUGUGCACAUUUACCUCCGCUGCUUGCUUUUUUUUUUACUGGCCAGUCAUGUGAGCACGCUCAGUCACAAUGUGUCUUUUGAUGAAGAUUAAUGAUCUCACUGAACAAGUGAAUAUCGUACAUCUGAUAUAAAAAACAACAACCCUCGUCUUCCUGUUUGAUCAGGUGAAACACACACGAUUACUGUAACAUGUUCCAGCCUUCAACAGCAAAAAAAAAACACACACUGAGGAUACAACAGGGUCACCAGUGUUCAUGUUUGGCCAUGAACUGGAAUUUCUUACGACGACAACAUUAAGUUCACUUUGUCUUUGUUUGCCAAUGAAAUGCCAUUUUAAUAACAAUAAUAUGUUACUUUAUUUCUACAAGUUAUAGGUUUGAUGGACCAUCCGGUAGUCUUAUAAUAGUCGUAUAAGUAGAGGUUAAAGGUUAAUGAAAGUGGGAUGUUAUGCAUUAAAAGCCAAACCACCUCCUUUUUGGAGUUUUUAAAGGGGCCUUUGUAUACUCUGAGAUGAUUCCUUUCUUUCUUUCUUUCUUUCUUUUUUGCUGGGCAACUUUUUAAUUAUGAUCUUUUGUUGGUUUUCAGACUGUUUGGGGAUAUUCCUCACUUAAAUGAGCUAAUUUUUCUUAUCUAAUGUUUACUAAUAGUUAGUCAUCAUGGUGUUAAUUAACACAAUAACAGUACAGUAUUAAUAACUUGCAAUGCAGCCAUAACAGGUAUCAUGUAAUUUUCCAAUCAGGGUUACAGCAAUAUCGCCAAUUAAUGCAGGCUAGAACCCACCAUUGAUGUUUGAACAGGUGCAGGUGUUGUUGGUGUUUGUGUGACGUUACACUGUAUGUGCUUGUGAUUCUCCCAACGCCAUACUUUGUAAUACAUGUAUUGGAUUAACUUGCCUUCCAUUGUGUUAAAAAAAGAACUUCCUUUUUAUACACUGAGUAAUGGUUUUGUCUGUCGUACUUGAGGAAUGGUUUGUGGAUUUUUUUUUUUAAAUAUUGUCUCGCAAUAAACACGAUUUUGAACCCAA